AUGAAACUUAAUGUUGCUAUUUAUGUUGUAAUUAAGCGUUGUACACCAACAUUAACAUUUGUUUUAUCAUCAAUUGUAUUAAAAAAAAAAAAACUUAAUUUUAAAACAGGAUUAUGUGUAUUUGCUAUAACAUUUGGUUCUACAAUAACAUCAAUGGGUGAUUUAACAUUUUAUAUGGAAUCAUAUAUAAUUGGUAGUCUUAGUGUUAUAUUUCAUUCUCUUUAUCAUCUAAUUGUUUAA